AUGGAGUCUCUUCGUCCAAAUCGGCAACUAUUGAAUCCAAAAUUUGAAGGUUAUAAACUAGCUUUGGACCCCCUGACACUGUCGUCCACUAGAUUACUUUCUUCACUGAAUAAUGUACCGCUCAGAGAGGAGUCGUUUUCCCUUCAACACAUUCGAGCCUUUGGAAAUCAUAACCAUCUGGUGAUUGACUCUUGGACUGAUGGCGGGAAAACUGAAGUUGUUUAUUUCGUUAAUGAAAACUACGAAGUUCAAAGGGCAGUUGUCAAAGUAAGUGAACCAAUAAGUAAAAUCGUGAGAUACGAUGAAAAACAUCGAAAGGUGAAAAUAAUGUUAAAUUGUUUCCUUGAACGUUUGUGAAACGUGAAGCUCUUUGUCAGUUUCCUCUCGUGUGGGUAAGGAGAAUUUGAUGGAGCAUCAGAACCUUUUCCCAAUAGUUAACUCUUGAACUCUAAGUAGUGAUUAGAGUGUAGCCUCUCUUUGCAACGUCAAUGUAUUAUUCAGCAGACAGACGAUGACAACAGACAAAGUUGUCAACUAGAUUGUCCUGUUUUGAUUAUUUAUUUUGAUGAUCUGAUUUGACCCAUAACCUUUGUUACCGAGAUUUUGAAAUUGGCAUGGAAAACGAUUGAAAUAAAUUUUGAAGUAAUACUUAAAAAAUGUGCAGUAUUUUGAAUAUUAAAUGUUUAUUAAAUUUACUUUUGUUUUAAUACAAGGUUGGAAUGCUCAUAGAGGGAUUGAAAAUCUAAAUAUGCAACUUAAAAUGAUAAAAAAUAUCUAACUUGUGUCUCUUUAUAAUUUUAAGGACACAGAUGUUUCAUCCAUUGAUACAGUAUUCAAAACACCGGCAGUAGAAAAAACUGAAGAAAGCUUGAACUCAACAUUGUUUUUUCCUUCACAAUCUCUGGCUUGUUUGUGUGAUGGGAGUGGGAAACUCUACUUGCUGCAGACAGGUGACAGAAUAGGAGAUGUUUCUCAGAAUGCAAGUUGGAAGGUAGGCUCAGUUUACCAGUUUGACCAGCCAUCUUUGAUCCUUCAUGCUAUUCAAAGCCCAGAAACUGGAUGUGUUAGUUGCUUGUUAUUGAGUAUCACAGAAAAUGAUGCUUCUAUGUCAGUGAAAGAUGCUCACAAUGUUCAUUUGGAGUUGAUCACCUUUUCACAAGUGAAUUGCUCAGCCACAGGUUCCAUAAGUUACAGUUGCGAGAUGCUGCAACAGUUCAGAGGUCACAGUGCACCAGUGUAUGCUGGCAUUGAGUGUGGUGGUACAGCUAUUUUGGUGGCAAGUGAAAGACCAUUUUCUCUGGUGAAAGGUACCUUAUUUAUUUGUGGGAUUAACAUUUGUUUGGAGUAGUGUAACAAGGAAUAUACCACAUAAGAACUCUGCAUCUGAAUUUAGCGAUAGAACUCUGUUUAGAAGCUAAAUAUAGUUUCUUGUCUUUGAGGCAUAAUGAACGUAAUUUGUGCAGUGAUCACAAUUGUUAACAUCUUCCCUUAUCUGUUUGUCAAUACCCUAUCACCAGUAUGAAUAAUGAUCAUCUCCAUACUGCUUUCUGUAUAUUUCCCAAGGAGCUGACAAGGAGAGUUCAUUUAAAAAUCAAAGGCUAAUUCAGUUAGCGAUUAUUUCCUUUAUUCUCCUCACCUAAAUGCACAAUUCAGAGUUGAUAUUGUUAGGAGAAAUUAGAAGCUGGUCACUCUUAGGGGUCAAAGGGUUCAGUUUGGUGAAGAUUUUGGAAACAGAGAAGGUUCCUUUUUAUCUGACAUGACCUGUUUUUUUCUUUUUUUGGAAUAGGUGACAGCGAGGAAAAGCCAUCAGGGUCAUUUCAUUCUGCAGAUGAUGGUAUGGCUGAGGUAAAGUCCCGCAGUUCUUCAGCAAUAGUAUACAAAUGGUCACAGGAUAGUGAAGAUGUCACUGUAAAAUUUGUUCUACCAGAUGGCACCAAGAAAGAUGAUAUAGCUUGUAAUGUAACAGCAGAUUCUGUUACCUUCAAAUUGGCAAAGAGAUUUUGUUGAGUGGUCCUCUUUAUGCAAAAGUAAAUCCAGAGGAAAGCACAUGGACAGUCGAGGAAAAUAGGUGACUUGCAGUAUUUGUUUUCAGUCUUUAUUUUUAAGUCUCUUUUCUCUCUACCCCUUUCCUUUCUCUGUCACAAAAUAGUUAUGUUUAGAAUUCAACUGGCAUCACAAGAAACCCUCUGAAGCAUCUCAGCCAAGCAAAAAGACUUAAAAAUGGCUUGCACUCAUUGGGAAGUGACAUGUACUGUUCCAUAAUUAUGAGAAAUGACAUUAGCAAUUGAUAAUGCUUAACACUACUCAGUGUUCUCCUUUUCAGGCAGUAACCAGUAACAUUUACUGCCUAUAGUACCUCUUAUUACUGUUUAAAAUUGCUUGGAAUUCUUGAAAAUUCAACUUGUAAAAGGAUUGCUUUACCGGUUUGAAAAUUUAUUUUACCUGUCAUGCUUAAAAUAAGGGAGAACACUGCUACUUCUUUUAAUUGUACAUGUAUCUAGAAAAGGAGAGAUGGUAAAUGUUUAGCUCUGUUGAUAAAUAAAGAAAGGAUGUUACUCAUGUUUUCACAAUUGGGAGACAAUUAAAAAAUCUGUGUCCAGCCCACAGGGAUUUUAAUCUUUGGAUUUUAAUAUAUAGAUUUAGCCAAGCCUAAAAGCAGAGCUCUUAUUAGUUUAUUUUCCAGCCCUAUGUUACACUGAAUAAAAACUGUAAUAAAACUAUCUACUGGCAAGUCUUUGUAUUAUAUUUCAACCCAACCAUUUCCUCAACAUAUAAACACUUACAAAGUAAUUAGCCAGGGAAAUGGAAAACUUGGAUUUUAUAAUUGAAUGUUCUACCACUUAGCUACAGAGUACUUGUUAGUGAACCGCAAGCAUACCGGAAAUUACAUUGAGCCAGACAUGACACAGAAUAUUUCUAAUUAUAAGGAUAAGUUUGUUUUGUUUCUGAAACCUGUUGUAAACAUUUUUAAAAACUUGCUGGUGAGUCACAGGCUUACAGAAAAUAAUACUUUGAACUAGACAUGAUACACACUAUUUUCAAUUACAUAUAACUGUGUCUUCUUUCUGAAACCUGUAGUAAACCUUUUUUUCUCCUCUGUAGUUUGGAACUGAUACUUGUGAAGCAGGUUCAAGAACACCACUGGAGCAGUGUUGUUCAAGGUGAUGACCGAGGUGUCUAUGAGCUGGUAGGUGAGGAGGCACAGAGAGUGGAGGAGAUUCACAAUAGACUGGAACACCUCACAUCAGACAAAAUGGUAUGUGAGAUUUUCAACGCCUCAGAUGUUCAGAUGAGCUAUAAAAUAAUAUCUUAAAUCCCUAAGUGCAGCUCAAUCUACAGUUAGCAUCAAAAUAGUUGGAUUGCAACAUUCUCAAAUAGCACAUCACUUUUAAGCUCCAAGGGGUUGCUCUUGAUUGAACUCGACUGAUGAUCUACUUAAAUGAGUGAUGGGGAAUUGCAGUAUUGGAUUUGGAAUGGCUGUAUUGUCAAAAGAUUUGAUAGACUCUAAACUUUAUUUUUCAGUGCUGCCAUGUAAGGUUUCCUGAGCACUGUGUUUACUAUUUGUCCUGCAAAUUGCACAUUUGAUGUUUUUAAUGGUAUCUAACUGGCCAAUUAUUUUGGAAAAAAAAUCAGUUUUACAUUCCUAUGUUGCUAAGUUCAUCUCACGUAGCAAUUUUUAGCAGAAAAAAUUUAUUGUGAACAUCAAAAGUAUUGAUAUCGUGUUGAAUUUUUCAAUCAAUAUUUGAAAUCCAGGUGGAAAAGUCACGGGCAACUAAGAUGUCAUUUAGUAAUGAUGAAUUUGAAGAAUGCGAUGCUUUCCCAGAGGAUAUUGAAUAUAUUUUUCGGUUGGAUGUUAAAACUGGAGAAUUAACACACAAGGUAUGUAUUGGUAGUUUAUUUUUUUUUACAGGGCUCCUUCUAUCAGAUCAUCUAAUAAAUGAUUUGCACACCAAUUGAUGUAAGCUCCUCCAGAACUCUUUACCGACUCACAAAGGUUAUGUGUAGAGCAAGUGACAAAAAUGGACAUCUUGAGAAAUUCCUCUCACCUUCACUUUUACCAUGAAGCAAUAUGUUUCUUCAGAAUAAACUAGAAAGCUCUGAUCAAGGGCCUAUGGUGUGCUGGUGCUAACACAAGCUUUAGAAACUCUUCACAGUGGCCUAUUUAUAUUUAUCAACUCAGUUUAUAAAUCCUAAUUAUCUUUUAAUACCCUGGGUGCAGCACUAAAGGCUCUUUAAAAACCCUUUUUAACUAGGUAAUCUAUUUGUGGUCUAGAUUGUGAGCCCACCCAAUUCCCUUGAUAAGGUCAUUCAAGUUCAUGGCUGUUUACUUUGCAUUUAUGGUAAUGGGUGAUGCACAUGUCUGACAAAUCUUCUUUUCUUGUCAGGUUUGUUUAGCAAGUCAUCAGUGGAUCUUCAAUGCAUCACUUAAUAAGAGUCUUCCUCCUGCCUUCUGCAUACGUCAUGAUGUUGAUGCCCUUGUGUGGCAGCCCAAGGCACACUCAGACAGUGAGGCUAACUGGAUUCACACCGGAACAUUUAAUGCUUUAGGUUAUGUCCAGGCUGCUAAAAGGGAUCGCAAGUUCUCCACAUGUGCCCCAGAUCUGUCCUAUGCUGUGAUAUGUGACAACACAAGACAUGUUUAUGUUUACCAACAACCUGUAGGGAGUGCUAAACAUGCCAAUCAACAAGUUGUAACAUUGACAACUCCUGACAAUGAAAUCCUUGGGCUCCAAGCAUCUAAUAAUAGGAUUUUUGUCUUGACUAGACAAGCCGUGCAUGUUGUGACAGUCAAGUAGAAUGCCAUGUCAAAAUAAUAUUAAGAAAUUUCAAAUUAGCUUUAUUAAUAUAAUUCACAUACUGGUAGUCUGUAUUUUCAUGAAUAAGUGCCCACACUCUAAUAAGUGCUCACCCCUCUGCCAUAAUGUCAAAAAAGCACCACACCCUCUCAAUUUUUUAAAUAGCAAGGACACACAGAAAGCCUGUUUUCCUUACCACUUAAUAACUUUUAAGCUACAACUACAGCGGGAAUCAGUAAAAGAGAAUAAUUUCUUUUAUAUUAAGUCACUUCCAGUCCUUUCUAUUUUCAUGUGCUUUCAGAGUUUCUUAAUGUGAGUUGUCUUUUUUUUCCUCUUGCGGUGCUAAUUUAAUAAGUACCCUCCUUGAAUAAAUGCCCUCCUUCCAAUGAGCACCCUCCCUUUUAGCCAAAAUUUUAAAUAAAAGCCUGGGCACUUAUUUGAGGAAAUGCACUUUUUUUAUUUGGAGUUUUUAGUUCCUUCUAUUGUUGGAGGAGACUUGUAAAAAUAGAGCCAGGUGACUUAUGAUGGGAAAAUAGUUUUAAAACAAUGAAAGUGGAGAUUAACAAUGAGAAAGGUCAAUAGUAAUUUUUGUACCAAUGGAUAUUCCAUGAGGUGGCUCUUGUUGUCCAGUGUUUCCAAAAAGAAUUGGAAAUUAGAGUGUUGGUUUUUGUGGAGAGGAAAACCAAAGAACCUAGAGAACAAACCCUAGGAGCAAAGACAAGAACCCUUGACAAACUCAAUCCACAUGUGGCACAAAGUCUGGGAAUGAAACCUGAGCUGCAGCAACGGGAGCAGAGCACACUAUCACUACAGCACCACACCCACUUCCUGUUUCUUUGUCAAAAUUGUGCAAAAUCUUAUGACAGCAGAAUACCUUUACAAAUGAAAUGAACAAUGUCAACCUCUUUAUUUCUUGUAUCU